AUGGCCCAUCCGAGGGUCGACCCACCGGGGGUCCUUCGGCUGGAGGACUUCGGCCUGGGUCCCGGCACCGAGAGCCCCGAGUGCCGGCACUUCCUGGCCACCUUCCUUCAAAUGGCCAAUGCCCCGGGGAACACCGGCGUCCUGCUGGCGGUCCGACAGCACUUCCGCGGGCUCGUCCCUUCUCCGGGGGCCAUGCGAGCCGUGCUCGUGGCCCUGGCCAGCCCGACGAGUGCCCCCCCGGCCCGGGGCACGGAGAUGGCCAUCCUCCAUGCGUGGGACCGGCUGGCGGCCUCCUUCGGCCAGGAUCUGGAACUGCUCGAGGCCCGGGCGGCGUGGGCCCCGAGCCAGCUGAAGCGCGUGGCGCUCCUGUGCCAGGAUGUCGACCAUCGCAGCCGCCUGCUCCUCGACCAUGCCCAUAGCCGGCUCAUGCACGACCUGCUGAGUGUGGUAUACCUGCCGGCCGAGGGGGCGGCCUGCCCUCCGCCGCUGGCCGGGCUCCUCUUUGACAUCCUCCACCAGCAGCUGGCGGCCAUGCAAGACCCGCUGCUUCGCUGGGUCAAGGCCCUGCAGCCGGAGCUGGAUGUCCUUUGCCACUGGCAAAGCGUCCACACGGCCGGCGCCGGCACUUGGCAGGGGGUCCGGGAGACGGUGGGCCACAUCCGGGCCGCGGCCGCGGCGGCCAUCUCCGCCGCCACCGCCGCCACCAACCAGGCUCUCCUGGUGGCGUCGCUGGCCGACUCGGCCAGCGCCAGCAUGGCCAUGUGCCCGCAAAAGGCCCCGGCCGGCGGCCCGCCCGCCAGCCCGGGCCCCAUCCCGGGGCUUUUCAAUGUGUCGGCCGACCCCUCGGCCGCCAGCCCGCCGGUCGCCAUGCCGCCGCCGCUGUCGGGCCUCACGCCGGAGGGCGCCCUGCCGCCGACCGCGCACAUGACCCCGCUGCUGCCGCCCUCCAUCGCCAGCCCCUCGCACGCCGCCACCCCCCUACUGGGCGGAUCGCCCGGCGGGGCCGGGCUGUGGCCCGGGCCGCAGCAGCCCCCGCGCCAUGGGACGCCCCCCCAGCCGGCCAUGCAGUCGCCCCUGCCGCACCCGCCGCCCCUCAGUCCGCGGGUGGUCGACGCCCUCGGGGGCCUGUCCCUCGGGCCGACGUCGGACCCCUCGGCCCCGGGGCUGCCGGACCUUCUGGCCGGCGAGGGGUCGCCCGCCGGGCGCUGGGCCGCGCCGAGCGGCUCAUCGCCCCUGGUGGAUGCCACCCUGACCGCCACCGCCAGGCAGACCAUCCUCGCGGCCCGGCCUCGGCGGACCAUCUCCGACAGCUCGGUCGGGCCGCUGGGGGCCGACCCCCGACGAAGGCCCAGCCACCCGGCCGACAGCGCCCUGCCCGGGGCCCCCGACCCGGCCCCCCGCGCGCGGGACCACAACCGGCCCCUGUCCAAUGCCUGCCGGCCGGCGGAGGAGCAUGGCCCCGGGCGCCGGGCCGUCCCGCCCGGCGCGGUGCCCCCGCCCUACCACCACCCGCGCCACUUCCUCCCGCGCCAGGUGGCCCGGCCGCGGGUGAGCCCCCCUCGAGCCGGGCCAGCCGCCGACUGGGCCGACCGGGUGUCUCGCGUGCCCGGCGCCGCAUUCCCGGACUGGGUGCCGCCGGAGCAAGCCAUCGCCCCGGUUUUCGACCUGGCCCCGGACACCGUCCGGCAGAUCCUCCGGCUGGGCUUCGUGGCCGACUCCCUGCACACCGGGCCGGAGGUGCGCUUCCUCGACCGCGCGGCCACCAUGCCCAACUCGGCCAUGGUCCUGCAGCUGGCCAUCCGCCAUGCCCUGUCGCAGCUGCUCCGGCAGCCGCUCUCGCGCCAGGACCUGCUGGCCCUCCUGCCGGUGGGGGACAUCCCCGAGCUCCGGACGACGGACGAUCUGCCAGCCUGCCUGGUGGGGGCACUGGCCGCGGCGGCGCCGCUCUCGGCCCGGGACGUGAUGCUGCUGCUGCUGCCGGUCCUGCAGCAUGGCGCGUCGGCCGUGGCCCUGGCCCGGCAAAUGGCCCUGGCCCUGGCUCUGCUGGGGAUCCAGGUGGAUCCGGAGGACUUUUGGGGCACCCUCCGGCUGGGCUGCCGCCCGGCCAUGGGCCGAGCAUUUGACCAGACCUCGGGCCGGCUGUGGAGCACCAUCUUCCACGCGGACUUCACCCUCAACACCGCGGACACCGUGGUCGGCCACACCGGGGUCCCCUGUCCCUUUGACUUCCCCAUCGCCGCCUACCAGGACAAUGAGGCCGACCUCUAG